AAUGUAAUAGAGGGUUAUUGUUGGACGAGAACUGGGGAGAGACAAGUGUCAAGGUUAAAGUUGGAGUACAUGAAAGCUGUCCUAAGGCAAGACGUGGGCUACUUUGACAUGCUUGAGACGACAACCACAUCCCAUGUUACCGAUGUUGUUUCGAGCGACAGUUUUCUCGUCAUCCAUGACGUCAUCAGUGAAAAGGUUCCGGCGUUUGUGGCCAACAUAUCCACAUUUCUCGGGGCGUAUUUGAUUUCAUUCGUGAUGCUAUGGAGGCUGGCCGCCGUCGCGCUUCCGUCGGUUUUGCUUCUGGUGAUUCCGGGGUUGAUGUACGGCAGAACGCUGGCGGCCAUAGCUAAAGAGAUGAGGGGAGAGUACAGCAAGGCGGACAGCAUUGUCCGACAGGCAGUUUCUUCCAUUCGGACGAUUUACUCUUUCGUGGGUGAAAGCAAGACCGUGGAGAAGUAUGCGGCAGCUCUCCGAGGGACGGUGAAGCUCGGUCGGAGACAAGGUCUGGCGAAAGGUGUGGCCGUUGGGAGUAACGGCGUGGUUUAUGCCAUCUGGUCUUACAUGUCCUUUUAUGGCAGCAGAUUGGUCAUGCACCACCAUGUCCCCGGAGGCACUGUCUUUGCUGUUGGUGCCGCAGUCACCACCGGUGGAUUGGCGUUUGGAUCUUGUCUGUCAAAUGUGAAGUACUUCUCGGAAGCAAGCGCGGCAUGUGAACGGAUGAUGGAGGUUAUAGAGAGAGUGCCAAAGAUUGAUCCAGACAACACAGACGGUCAUAUAAUAGGGCAUGUCUUGGGGGAAGUUGAAUUUAAACACGUCGAGUUUGCCUAUCCAUCUAGACCCGAAACCAUAGUUUUGAAGAACUUCAACCUGAGAAUCCCUGCGGGAAAGAAAGUGGCACUGGUGGGAGGGAGCGGGUCAGGGAAGUCCACAACGGUGGCGCUGUUACAGAGGUUUUAUGAUCCAGUUAGUGGUGAAGUUCUUCUCGAUGGCAUCGCCAUUGAUAGGUUGCAUCUGAAUUGGCUGAGGUCCCAAAUGGGAGUGGUGAGCCAAGAGCCUGCCUUGUUUGCCACUUCAAUUAAAGAAAAUAUAAUCUUUGGGAAGGAGGACGCGACCAUGGAAGAAAUCAUUGAGGCUUCCAAAGCUGCCAAUGCUCAUGGCUUCAUCUCUCAGUUACAUAACGGCUAUGAUACCCAGGUAGGCGAAAGAGGGGUGCAAAUGUCAGGUGGGCAGAAGCAGAGGGUGGCAAUCGCAAGAGCCAUAAUCAGAACACCAAAAAUUUUCCUUCUUGAUGAGGCCACUAGUGCACUUGACACAGAAUCGGAACGAUCGGUGCAAGAAGCUUUGGACAGAGCUGCAUCUGGUCGCACCACAAUAACAAUAGCCCACCGUCUGUCCACCAUCCGAAAUGCAGACAUUAUCGCGGUUGUACAGAAUGGCCAGGUUAAGGAGAUUGGUUCACAUGGGGAUCUCAUCAAAGAUGAGAAUGGCAUCUACACCUCUCUUGUUCGCCAACAAAUGCCAACCUCUCAAACCCUUAUGGGCAUUCAUGUCAAUGACAAUGCCAUCAGGCAUUCAGUAGCUUCUGUUGCGCUUCCAUUACCAAACACAAGUAUUGAUUCACAGCAUAGUUCUUUGGCAUCCGGUGAAAAAAGCAUUCGUGCCCCAUCGUUUGUAAGGCUUCUCGCAUUGAAUUUGCCCGAAUGGAAGCAAGCAACACUGGGAUCGGUUGGGGCAAUGUUAUUUGGGGCGGUUCAACCCACGUAUGGAUUCGUGUUGGGGUCAAUGUUAUCAGUUUUUUUCCUGCCAACCCAUGCUGAGAUAAAGGAAAAGAUAAGAAUCUACUCCCUAUGCUUUUUAGGCUUAUCUGUUCUGGCUAUUUUCCUUAGCACAGUUCAGCAUUACAAUUUAGCAAUCAUGGGAGAGCACUUGACUAGAAGGAUCAGAGUGAAACUCUUGUCCAAGAUUCUUACCUUUGAAAUUGGGUGGUACGAUCGAGACGAGAACUCUGUUGGCGCGGUUUGCUCCAGACUUGCUACCGAUGCUAACAUGGUGAGAUCUCUGGUCGGUGAUCGAAUGGCUCUACUUAUUCAAGCAGGCUCAUCAGUAGCAGUAUCUUGGACACUGAGCCUUGUCAUUGCAUGGAAGCUUGCAUUGGUGAUGAUGGCAACAAAACCCAUCCUCAUACUGGGAUUCUACUACAAGCGUGUUUUCCUGAAGAACAUGUCCAAGAAAGCCGCGAAAGCACAAGCAGAAAGCAGCAGAGUGGCUGUAGAAGCCAUCGCCAACCUUCGAACUGUGACAACGUUCUCCUCCUGCACCAGAAUCCUCCAAAUGCUCAAGAAAGCACAAGAAGGCGCAGCAAAAGAGAGUGCUCGACAAUCCUGGUUUUCCGGCUUCGUGCUCGCCACGUCCAGCAGUCUCAUAACAUUCAAUGUGGCUUUGUCUUGGUGGUACGGCGGGAAACUGGUGGACCGUGGGGACAUUGCCGUGAAAUCUCUGUUCCAGACGUUCUUCAUAUUGGUGACCACGAGUCGUGUCAUAGCAGAAGCUGCAACCAUGACAAGUGAUCUAGCCAAGGGGGGAAACGCAGUCGGAUCCAUUUUUGCAGUCUUGGAUCGGGAAAGCAUUAUACAUCCGGAUGACCCGAGCGGCUUCAACCCGAUCGAGAAUUUGGCAGGGAAUGUGGAGAUCCGAGAUGUUCAUUUUGCAUACCCUGAAAGACCUAAUGCCUUCGUCUUCAGAGGCUUCUCCAUAGAGAUCGAAGCCGGAAAAUCAACCGCAUUAGUUGGCCCGAGCGGGUCAGGGAAAUCGACGGUGAUUGCCCUAAUCCAGAGAUUCUACGAUCCGAUUAAGGGUUCGGUGAAAAUCGACGGCCGAGAUGUAAAGUCCUACAACCUGCGAUCUCUAAGGAAGCACAUCGCGCUGGUGAGCCAAGAGCCGGCGCUGUUCGCCGGAACAGUGCGGGAGAACAUCAUAUACGGCGGAGGAGGAGCCGACGUCAGCGAGGCGGAAGUCGUGGAGGCGGCGAAGGCGGCCAACGCGCACGAUUUCAUACAAGCCUUGGAGGACGGGUACGACACGUGGUGCGGGGAGCGGGGAACGCAGCUGUCCGGCGGCCAAAAGCAGCGCGUGGCGAUCGCUAGAGCGGUUCUGAAGAGGCCGUCGGUGUUGCUGUUGGACGAAGCGACGAGCGCGUUGGACAGUGGAUGCGAGAGGGCGGUGCAAGAAGCGUUGGAGAGGAUCAUGGUCGGGCGGACGACGGUGGUUGUGGCCCACAGGUUGAGCACCGUACGGAACUGUGACGCCAUUGCAGUCCUGGAUAAAGGACGGGUGGUGGAGGAAGGGACCCACUCCUCCUUGAUGGCUAAUUCCUCUCGUGGGAGUCGUGGGGUUUACUAUUCUUUAUUUACUCUUCAAAAUUGCGCCUCUAAAUAACUCUAAACUAAUGUUUCGUUCAAGGAAUUUGAAAGGGAAAAGAAAAGAAAAUGGAUUGAAAAACCGUUUUUCUUGUUUGAUUAGAUGGAAAAAUGGAAGAAAUUAAAAAGAAAAUGAGAAGGCAAAAUGUACCAAGUGGAGAGAAAACCAAAUUCCUUCCAUUUUGGCGAGGAAAAUGAGAGAAAAUCAUUUUCUUUUCUUUUCCUUCCAAAUUCCUUGAACCAAACAUAGUGUAAGUGAUCCAAAAGAAAAUGUCAAAUCCAUU